AUGGGCUUCUCAAUGUCCUUAAUCAUUGGCUCGGUGUGGAUAACAUUGUAUCUGACAACACCUGUACACUCAUCGUGUUCAUACUAUGGAAGUUGCAGUAACUACUACUACUACUACUACUACUACGACGGCGACUACUACGACAUCGACGACGCACUCAGUUUGUCAGCUGGAGCUAUUGCAGGGAUAGCAGUUGGAUCAAUAACUGGGUUAACCCUGCUGAUUGCACUCGUUACAUGCAUUUGUAAAAAGUUGACGAACACAUCUACACGACAGGCAGUUGUCUAUCCCGGAGGUGUAGCUACCACUGUCCAAGCCCAAGGUGUGAUCCAGGCACAAGCUUACCCCAUGCAAGGACAAGCCUAUCCUCAACCACCACCUGGCAACCCAGUUCAGGGUGCACGCAAUGCUCCUCCAAACUCUGAACAAAUUGUUCCUCCACCAAAAUAUUCCACUUCGUAGAACAGCAUGAGUGCCACUUAUGGGAGUGAUCUUCCGCAUAAAUUAUAUUUUUACAGAUCAAUUUAUAAAUCCGUCCAACUGAUGCUUUAAUCAAAAGAUUAUACAAGAUGUAUAUUUAUACAAUUAUGGAAUCAAAAAUGCUUAUCUAGUAUUGGUUGCAGUUUAUACAUUGUCUAUUAUUCAUUGACUAGCCAUAAUUAAGAAUUUACUCCGAAUAAUUUAGAGUUCUUCAUUUUAUCUAGAAGUUGCCCAGGUAUAACUCCGGUUUAGCAGGGUUAUCUGUAGUUUAUGAAGAAGUUUCCCUUGGUUAUCAUUAAGUUUCUCCGAUUUUUUAGAGAUAACUACAGUUUGUCUAGAUUACUUCGGUUUAUCCAGUGAUUAUAUCAUCCGGAUUUGUUAUGAUUAGAACAUGUAUUAUUGAA